AUGAGCGAGUUUUCGUUUUCUCCAUACACCUAUGCAUACAAGUCGAUUCUCGGAGUUCAAGAAUACAUCAAUCACGAAUACGAAAUGAUUCUAAUGUUCCCAUAUCUGAUUAUCUCAGUUACUUUCUGUGCAGCUUUGCCACAUUUCCUGUCUGAUGGAAUAUGUAUUCAAGUGUUUGAGCCCUAUCCAUUUGGAUCUGUCUUGAUAAUUUCCCGUUUUCACUUGAUUAAUCUCAACUAUGUCGUUCCUGGGAAUGUGAUCUUCACAGGAUCAGUCACUAUCUCAAUUAUAUUGUUGAACUAUUUUGUGAUGAGGAAAAUUCAAGAGAGAAAGAUGUUAAAUGUUUCUCAAUCGUCUUCAGCAACUUUGAAAAUUGAAAAGACUCUGACUGGAACUAUGAUUAUUUUACUCAUUCCUCUGAUGAUCAAUCUUUUUGUUUCGAUCGGUGAACUCUUCCAUUUUUCUUUUUUCUCCUACAUUCUGCUAUUCCGUCCACUGUUUUUGGAUGCUCGAGUUCAUGUCGUCACAUGUUAUUUUUACAUCACACAUCCAGUAUUCAAAAAGCCACAGACGCAAGUCUCGGCUUCUACGAAUUUCAGUCUUGUGGCCUUGAAAACUGUGGAAUAA